CCCUAGGCUUGCGGCCAGGGUUUCCGACGGGCGGAGACGCUUAGCGGCCAGAUCCCACGGAAGCGCGCUCGGAGGGCCGGGACCCGGCCGGACCGGAGAUGGCGCCGCCAGCGGGCGGGGCGGCGGCGGCCUCGGACUUGGGCUCGGCCGCAGUGCUCUUGACUGUGCACGCCGCUGUGAGGCUGCUGGGCGCCAGGCCAGACGCCGAGGCACAGCUGCGGAGACUCCAGCUGAGCGCGGACCCUGAGCGGCCUGGGCGCUUCCGGCUGGAGCUGCUGGACGCGGGACCCGGGGCGGUCAAUUUGGAGUGGCCCCUGGAGUCAGUCUCCUACACCAUCCGAGGCCCCACCCAGCACGAGCUGCAGCCUCCGCCAGGAGGACCUGGAACCCUCAGCCUGCACUUCCUCAACCCUCAGGAAGCUCAGCGGUGGGCAGUCCUAGUCCGAGGUGCCACCGUGGAAGGACAGAAUGGCAGCAGCAGCAGCAGCAGCAGCUCACCACCAGCCCUGGGCCCAGAAGCAUGCCCCGUCUCCCUGCCCAGUCCCCCGGAAGUCCCCACACCUGAAGCAGAUCUUCCUAGGAGCCCUGGAAACUUGAUGGAGAGAGAAGAGCUGGCAGGGAAUCUGGCCCGGGCCAUUGCAGGUGGAGACGAGAAGGGGGCAGCCCAAGCGGCAGCCAUCCUGGCCCAGCAUCGUGUGGCCCUCAGCGUUCAGCUUCAGGAGGCCUGCUUCCCACCUGGCCCCAUCAGGCUGCAGGUCACACUUGAAGACGCUGCCUCUGCCGCAUCCACCGCGUCCUCUGCGCACGUUGCCCUGCAGGUCCACCCCCACUGCACCGUUGCAGCUCUCCAGGAGCAGGUGUUCUCAGAGCUCGGUUUCCCACCAGCUGUGCAACGCUGGGUCAUUGGGCGGUGCCUGUGUGUGCCUGAGCGCAGCCUUGCCUCCUAUGGAGUUCGGCAGGAUGGGGACCCUGCUUUCCUCUACUUGCUGUCAGCUCCUCGAGAAGCCCCAGCCCAGCUGGCCCUGCCCUUCCUGCACCUUCAUCAAUGCCCCAAGCCGCCCUGGCUGUGAGAUGUGUAGCACCCAGAGGCCGUGCACUUGGGAUCCCCUUGCCGCAGCUUCCACCUAGCAGCCACCAGAGGUACCAGAGGUGGCUCAGGCAGGGGAGGUGGGGGCAAGGCAGAACCUACAGGAAUGACCCAGCUCCACCCCCACAGGUUACAAGGGGAGAGUGGCCCUUCCCUCAUAGGCCCGACGUCUCCAGGUCCCCGCCAAACUCAGGGGACCUCUACUGACUGCUUGCUGGGACAGAGUCACCAGGGUUGGGGGAAGGGCCACAAACUGAAACCAUUAAAGACACUUACAAGCCA